GUGAAAAGUGAAAAUGCAGAUGAUCCUGAAUUGGUACUGGAGGAGAGUUUACAAGAUUUAAGAAAGGUUAAAGAACAGCAUAACAUGGAGGUGAAGGACCUACUGGAAUUUCACAAACUGGAAAAUAUGGAAUGGGAGAAUAAGUUAGCAAAUCUUUCAAAACAAAUAAACCAAUUGGUGAUUUGUAAUUUUCAGGAGAUUAAAAAGUACCUAAAUGAGCACUCUGAAGAAAAUGAGGGACAUUCAGCAAAGAUAAUAGAACUUCAGGAACAUUAUCGAAAAGAGAUGGAGACCAUACAAGAGCAUUAUGCACUGAAGAACUUUGAGUCGAAGGACAUUCACCCAGGAGAUGAGCUUCACCAACCACAGACUUCAUCUUUACUGGACCAGGAUGAAAAUUUGGGACAACAAAUACACAGUCAGGUGGCUUCAGUGCAUAUCAUUCACAAGAAACUGCAAAUUCAUUCAAGUCAA